AGAUCACCAGCCACUCUGUGAGCUCAUUCCCUACAUCUCAGAGUUUGAUCGCGCUACCGAACUAAAAAAAUCGGAGCGAUCGGGAAAAAUUGUGCAAGCCCAUCGGAAGCGGGUACUCUACACGGCCGAGGAAGCUAGGGCGUGCUAAAUCAUCUAACAUAAAAGGACACCACCAACCCGCUCCAUAGCUUCCAUACUAACAUCCAGCCCACGGACUCAGCAAUUGGGGCUCGCUCACGUCGUAUGACAGAAGGUUGCCUAGGGCUGGUGGGAGAGGGCUCAGCCCACGCCGUCUUCCGCGCCCAUCCGCCGAUGCUCUGGCGCGUUUGCAAGGAGCCGCAGAGGCCCGCAGCACAGAUUUUGUCACUCGAAUUAGCUUUUGAACAAUGGGCGGCACAAGCACAGCGCGGAGUCCUCGUGAGCGCUUCGAUGUCUAAAUCUAACCGUGUAUCUGUGCAGGAGUGGCUAGGCGUUGAAUUCAUGCCACGCGUGUGCAGGAGCGUUUUGCCCAAAUUGUUGUUGACUUGUUUUGAGACAUCCUAUGCACUACGCUCAGGACUGUUCGUGCAAGACGUAACGCGAAACUGGCUUCCUCUCGGUCCAGGCAAAAAGGUUACAGGAGGGACAUUUGCGGUAGAGCUGAAACCCAAACAGGCGGAUAAAGCGCGGUCCUGGCUUAUUGACCCAUUGAAGGCAUCAAUCAAAGCUCAGUUCUCUCGGUUUUUGAUAACGCAAGCGGCAAAGCUUGGCAAGAGCUCUUCACAUGCAUCCAACUCAGACCAUGAGGUAUUGUUCAGUGGCAACAAAGCUUCCAUAGAAAAAACCAUAAGAGUAAGUUUCAGCCGGCAAGUGGGGCCAGUCAUUGGGUGCUUUGUAGAGGGCAACCGUGUGCCUACAUUCGCCCCCACAUCAAGCAUUGCAGCAGUAGUUGCAUCAGUUCUGGAGCGAGAGCCAGUAUUGAAAAGACUACGAGCUGCGCAACAGGAACUGGACUGUCUCGAUGUUGAUGGUGUUGCUGUAAUAUUGGCGUCUCGCAAGCUUGUCGAUUUCGACAUCGAAGCGCUCCUUGGGUGCCGUGCUGUAGGUAGCAAACUCUCAGCUAAGGCGAAAGCCGUUGCAGAGAUAUGUCGUUGUCCCCCUGGGCUUUUCUCUGUAGUUGAUCCUAAGGUUAGGCAGGCGUGUCGGAAAUUGGCCUUAUCGGCCAUUGGUACGCUUGACCCUCCAGAUCUUCUUGACCUCCUCCACAACUGGCUUGUUGCUUUGGCAUUAGAUGAUGUAUCUUUGGUUGUUACUGCCACAAGAUUGAUGUUACCGACCUCUGCACGUCAUCAAACACCGUCUCAAAUGGGCAUUGUCACUAUCAAAACGGGAGAGGCCUAUGCAUACGCAAUUGCCCUCAUUGACGUAUCUCCUAAAUCUCCCUCAAAAUUGAUCGAUAAAGCCAAGAGAGAAGCUGAUCUCUCCCAGCGCGCGUCAGCUGUGUUGGUUGGAGGUAGGCGACCCUCACUGUAAUUUAUCUGCUCAUAUCUAAGGUAAAUUCAUUCUUGCGUUGCUUACUAUCGGGGGGGUGGGGGACCUCCAACGGCAGAGCAUUCACGACGCUAUCGUGAGACGCACUGGUUACAGCCGCUGUCACGGUGGGAAAGUCUGUUGCCCGGACGAUAAAAUCGCGCUCCUGAAAAAUCCACAGCCUGAGGAUUUUGCUCGGAGUGGAGGCGAAGGCCGCUACGGAAGGAUUGCGGCACGAUCGCCAAAAAAAGGCCACCGUGACAGCCUGCGUGUUCU